UUUGGUAGGGAAAAUUUACGAACAUUGUGGUGUUUUGAUUUAAUUGCAGGAGCUGCAGGAUCAUCUUGAAACAUGUGAACGUUUCCCAGCUGGGGUGUCUAAACAACUGCAAAGCAAAAAUUCCUCGAGAAACGGUUUCAAAUCACAUUGAAAAUGAUUGUCCUUUGGCCAAAAUCCCGUGUCCAUAUGCGUGGAUGGGCUGCCGCACAGAGGUGCAGAGACAUCAACUUAAAUCACAUAUUAACCAUGCAACUCAAGAUCACCUCGAUUUAGCGUGCGGUGAGUUACGGGAGACUCAGAAAAAAUUAAAAGAGAAGGCAAUACUUUUCGACAGACUUGAAGAGAGGGUAAACGAACGACUUAAAGAUAAAUUAAAAGAUAUUCAACACCAGCAUCAAUACAAAGUAGAUUCCCUGCAACAGGAACACCAACGGAGAGUUGGUGUCCUUCAAAAGCAGCUUGAACAAAAAGUAAAAACGUGUGAAACAAAACUAGAGCAGAAAAUACGUAGGGAGGGCGAAAUAUUUUUGGCUUGUAUGGUGUUAGGACUAGUGUUUUUAACGUUUUGCCCGAUGUUACUUGAAGAUAGAGUCCAGAAUGUGGGAAUGGUAAAGAAGGAACUUGAUGACAAAUUUGACUCGUUAAACACUGACCUUAGCAAUAAACUAUUGAUAUUAGAGGUGGAUACAGAGGAAUCCCGCACUUUAAUAUGGAAGAUAACAAGCUUUGAAGACAAAUUGAGGCAAGGAAAAAACAAUGUAAAGAGGUGCAUUGAAAGUGUUCCAUUUUACGCUUAUGGUUACAAAUUGAUGCUAGGGUUGUAUCCAAAUGGUAAUGGUAUUGGAAAGAACACUCAUCUCUCCAUAUUUAUUGCUGUGGUGAAAGGUGAAUAUGACGCCAUAUUACCCUGGGGGUUCUCAAAGCAUGUAACAUUUACAUUAAUCGAUCAGCAAGAUAAUCCAAAUCAACGACAAAACGUUUCUUCGGAAUUUACUGCAGACCCAAAUAAGAAAGUCUUUGAAAAGCCUGUAGAACAGGAAGGCCGUUCAUGGUUUGGAUUCCCAAAAUUUGUAUCACAUAACCACCUAAGGACACGAAGCUUUCUUGUUGACGACACCUUAUUUAUUAAAGUUCAAGUAGAUUCACCAAAAGCUUACACGUCAUGGUUUUAGCUUUGACUGUUUACACCUUAAAGGCGGUCAGUGUCGUGGCAUGUUAAUGUUCUUGGAAAAUGAUGUUUUCGUGACGACAGUAUAUUAACAGGCAUGCUUUUUCAACUUGGAAUUUCCUUGUUUUAUCAAUAAAAUGUAACUUUAUAUAGUUCAGGUUAUUUCAUUUUGUGCACUUUUUAGUAACUGGUUUUAACUGAUUUUGAGUCGAUUUUGAUGGUUAUCGAACGUUUUUGAAAGUCCAAGAUUUCUGGAUAGAGUAAAGUAAAAAUCCAAAUUUAAUACUAGAACUGUAAAAUUAACUGAUACCUUAAUUAGGACUAUUUACCUAUAUACAUCUGAACGUAUUCGCAAAAACAUCCCCGUAUUGGCUCAAAUACAGUCCCACAGCUCAGAAGUCAUCUGAUAACCCCCCUUCCCUGGCUAGGGGAUUGGCCCGUCCCGUAUACACGAGGCACGGACCACUCUAGUAGGGUGCCAUCUCAACACAGAACCCUCAAACAAGGUUCAACAAAUGAGUAAAAUACCCAGAAGC